AUGGCCCGAAUCAUGGCUCACCACAACAAUACCAGCCAAAGCUUAAGCUUUGAUAUUUUAAGCGAAGAAAGUCCUCCCUCCAAUCUGAGGCAUUCCACCGCGACGACUACAUCAUCUUUGAAAGGCGACGAAGUGCUUAGAGAGCUAUCAGAUGGUCAGAUUCAGAGCCGCAUUACAUCGACACGCAGUCCUGUCUCUCCAUUGGGUUGCGCUUCUCCCUCAGCAAAGUCUCCAUCCAAGGUUUCUACAAUUCCUGACAGCGGACAAGCCAAGCCUCAAACGUUUAGGCGCUCAAUUCGCCUUCAGCGUCCGCAAGCUGAUUGCGAAACCUUUGAGCCACUUGUUGCGGUCCCUGAGGAAAGCAGCAGCAUUGUGGAAACUUCAGACCUUGACGCUACUACUCCUGUGACUGCUGCUGCUGUGUUGCCGACUGUAGUCCCUGACGGAGCUGCAGCGGUGUGUCAUGGUACAGGCUCAAGUGAGACUGCUGAUUCGACACCUUCACUUCAAGAUCAAGUAGCGAAACACCUAGCAGCCACUCCGUUGACCCAAGACUCGUUUCCUUCCCCACCAAUGUCCGACUCCAGGGGAGCAGGGAUUCCUACACUCGUGUCUUUGGCCCAGGUGCCACCGCCUCCAUAUCCGGGCACCCCCUUGAAAGUCCCCGAGGUUGUGGAUAUGGUCGAACAGGCCAUUUCGCCAUAUCUUGCCGUUUUGAGCGAACACAGUAGUUGUGCUGUAGAUGACAAACUCGACGACACCAUCUUCGUCAAAGCCGAUGUCAAUCAAGGGGCAUGCCGCAACAGUCCGUGUGAAGUCUUCGCUGAAGGAACGCCCAUUGCUGAGAAGGUCCGCAUCUCUCACAUUCCGGGAAAAGCGGUCGGAUCAACAAUCGUCUUCAUCCGAGAGCCAAGCGGCUGA